UCAUACAACUAUCGUACUGCAGCUGUGCAUUUGUUUACGUUUUUUAUUAAAUUGAUUUCAUUACAAAUUAUUUAUCAACAAAAUGGCAAAUGUAAAGAGAUACAGAAGAACUUCAAAGUCAUCCGAUGAUGGAGCAGAGGAUAACGAUGACUAUGUACCGUAUGUGCCUGUCAGAGAGCGGAAAAAGCAGCACAUGGUGAAGCUAGGGCGCGUCGUCCAACUGGCGUCCGAAACAGCACAGCACAAGUCGUCCAGCGAAAAUGAGAACGACGACGACUCGCAGGGUGCCCACGAUGCAGAGACCUAUGGACGUAAGUACAACAUCAGCUUACUGGACCAGCACACGGAGCUGAAAAAGAUAGCGGAGGCAAAGAAACUAAGCGCUGUGGAGAAACAGCUUCGAGAGGAGGCUAAGAUCAUGGAAAGCAUUGCCCAGCAGAAGGCACUGAUGGGAGUGGCCGAGCUGGCCAAGGGCAUACAGUACGAGGAUCCCAUUAAGACAUCCUGGAGGCCGCCGCGCUACAUAGAAGCGAUGCCUGAGGAGGAGCGACAAGCAAUCCAGAAACACCUAAGGAUCCUAGUGGAGGGCGAGAAUCCCAGCCCCCCCAUACGCACUUUCCGCGAGAUGAAAUUUCCAAAGGGCAUACUCGACGGCCUUUCUGCCAAGGGUAUUAAGACUCCCACUCCGAUCCAAGUCCAAGGCUUGCCCACCGUCCUCGCUGGCAGGGAUCUCAUUGGAAUUGCUUUCACUGGCUCCGGCAAAACCCUGGUCUUUGUGCUGCCCCUCCUCAUGUUCGCGCUUGAGCAGGAGUAUAGUCUGCCCUUUGAACGUAAUGAAGGGCCUUACGGGCUGAUCAUUUGUCCAUCUCGGGAGUUGGCCAAACAGACGCACGAGAUCAUUCAGCACUACAGCAAACACCUGCAGGCUUGUGGCAUGCCUGAGGUGCGCUCCUGUCUGGCCAUGGGAGGGCUGCCGGUUAGCGAGGCUCUGGAAGUGAUCUCCCGAGGCGUCCACAUUGUUGUGGCGACGCCCGGACGACUCAUGGAUAUGCUGGAUAAAAAGAUCCUCACGCUGGACAUGUGCCGAUAUCUAUGCAUGGACGAGGCUGACCGAAUGAUUGACAUGGGCUUCGAGGAGGAUGUCCGAACAAUUUUCUCCUUCUUCAAGGGCCAGCGCCAGACCCUCCUGUUCUCGGCUACAAUGCCGAAAAAGAUUCAGAACUUUGCCCGGUCAGCCCUUGUGAAACCAGUCACUAUAAAUGUUGGGCGAGCUGGAGCCGCUUCUAUGAACGUCACCCAACAGGUGGAAUAUGUGAAGCAGGAGGCAAAAGUGGUCUACUUGCUCGACUGCCUACAGAAGACUGCGCCGCCCGUGCUUAUUUUUGCCGAGAAGAAGCAGGAUGUGGACUGCAUACACGAGUAUUUGCUGUUGAAGGGGGUCGAGGCGGUGGCCAUACACGGCGGAAAAGACCAGGAGGAGCGCUCCCGAGCCGUCGACGCCUACCGCGUGGGAAAGAAAGACGUGCUUGUGGCCACAGACGUCGCCUCGAAGGGUCUGGAUUUCCCAAACGUGCAACAUGUCAUCAAUUACGACAUGCCGGACGAUAUUGAAAACUAUGUGCAUCGAAUUGGUCGAACGGGCCGUUCGAACACGAAGGGAUUGGCCACCACACUUAUCAACAAGAUUACCGAACAGUCUGUACUUCUGGAUCUGAAGCACCUCCUUCUUGAGGGAAAGCAGGAGGUGCCCGAUUUUCUCGACGAACUGGCACCUGAGGCCGAGCACCAGCACCUGGACCUGGGCGAUUCCCAUGGUUGCAGCUACUGCGGCGGUCUUGGCCAUCGCAUCACCGAGUGCCCCAAGCUGGAGGCUGUUCAGAACAAGCAGGCCUCCAACAUCGGACGAAGGGACUACCUUUCGAACACUGCGGCCGAUUACUAGACAUUAUUCUUAGACUACUUUGACGAAUGGAUUGAAAUAAAGCUGGGAAUUCCAAGUUAGCUUGUGCGCGGUCCGGGUAAUUUUCACUUCUACCUAUCACACUGCUCACCUUAUCAACGAUCGACGGCGGCGGCCCAACAGCGGCAGCAAGCGACCGACUGAGCCGAGUCGCGAGUGCGACUCAGCUUUCAGCGAUGCCCGGCCUGGCCCGGCCCGGCCCGGUCCAGACUUAAUAAAAGCGAAGACGAGAUUUGCCUUUCGUUCAGUGUCUCGAUCGGCCGUGUGUCGCUCACACCUCGCUCCAAGUUCCCGUAGUAGUUCUCAGUCGCUCUUUAAAUCAUUGUUCUGGCAGUUCGUAUUGACCUAAGAUUCACACGCUCUUGGCUGGGAUCAACGCGGACAAUCAUCUCGUUUGAG